CGGAGGUUAGUCGCCUGCCAACAUCACGACGUGCCGCUCGUGCCUCGCGAUCGUUGGAUUUACACGCACUCGCUCUUCUCCCCCUACCACCCUCUCAUCGCGCUGUCAGCCUCGCUCGUCAUCGGUAUCCGAUUUGUCAUCGGUCUAGGCAUCGAUCGAGGCAUCGAACUCGAUCUUCCUGGCGUUUACCUUUCGGCGACGAGUCUCGCGAAUCGAAUCGCACGAGCCUCUCAUCGAACUGCGAUUUCAAAUUUGUCGGGGAACAACGCGCGUGUAUUUUUUUUUUUUACGUGUACACAACGACAAUACGGCGACGACCGCGCGCGUAUUUCGGGGAUGCGACAGUGCGCCAGGAAAGUGCUCCGAUCGACCUGUUAAAAUGUGGAUCGCGCGAUCGCGAUCGCGCACGAAGGACGAUUGACAGUGCGUGUAUAUAGUGACUUAUCCGCCGGAGGCUUCUCGACGCGUUUCUCGCUCGAGCGAACGCUUUGUUCUUCGGCGAUCGAUUGUGAAUCACUUGAAAUUGAAGUGACUGACCGCGGGCGUGAUGACGCGGGUGCGCGUUCACCCCCGGGACCAGUUUUCGCGAUUCGGCUGAGCGGUGCCACCUCUUCGACGAAGAGCGAUCCGUCGUCGUCGUCGUCGUCGUGAGGUUCCGCAAAGGUACCAGCUGCAACGAACUCGCGGACCGGACGUGACUGCACUGCGUGUUUGUCACCGUCAUUGCGGUAUAACGGCGCGUAAAAGUGCGCGCGAACGAACGGCCUGGAUCCGAAUUCCUUCGAGACGAAGAGGAUCGCAGUGCGAUUUCCCAGCGGCGAUUUGGAUGCGCGUCUGGAGUGCACGGCGCGGGAACGCGACUCUCGUCCUUCAGGAGGAGAUUCGCCGCCGUGUUCGGAAAGUGUAGUUACGAGAUCCUUGUUUCGAAAGGGAUGUAUGUCUGAGGAAAGGAGAGUGACACGAGUAUUUUGUGAUCAUCAUGAAGACAUUCUGGAUCGUGGUGGUCAUCCUACUCGAGAUACACUUGUACUUCACAGUGAGUCAGGCGAAGCAUCAGCAGAACUCAAGUGCCAAUAAUGAAAUCGCCCCAUUGAACGCGCCGGAGGGUAAAAAUGAAGAUGUUCUUGAAGGACCAAUUGGAGAGGUGCUUGCUCAAAGUGGUACCACGGCAAUUUUGCCAUGCAAAAUUACUGAUCCCGGAGCUGGAACGAUCACGUGGGUGAGACGGAGGGACAGACAGUUAUUAACAGUCGGUACUAGCACACACUCCAUUGACAAGAGAUUUGUCGUCAGGCACUCGAGCACCGAUUGGCAACUCACAAUACGCACCGUGACUGUAGAUGAUGCCGGCAUCUAUGAAUGUCAGGUGACGUCACAUCCGGUGCAGCGAAACUUCGCUCGUCUCAAGAUUACGGAGGCGUACUCGAUAAUACCGGGUGCGCCUGAUCUGCACGUGAAGCAAGGCUCGAGCCUCCGUUUGGAAUGCCAACUUAUGGCAGCCACGGAAAAGCCCCUUUACGUCUUCUGGUAUCGUCAGGGUCGUAUGAUAAAUUACGACGAGGAGCCCGGCGUCGAUGUCAAGCUCACAACGAGCGGCUCCAUUCUCACGGUGAACAAAACGAAACUUACGCACGACGGUAAUUACACGUGCGUACCUAGCAACGCCAAAGCGGCGUCCGUCAUGGUCCACGUGAUCGAAGAGGAGGAGAAGCCAGCGGCGAUGCACGGGGGCGACAGAAGGAACCUCAGCCCGGCAAUUUUGGCGAGCAACUUUCUCGUGUCCCUCCUAGCGGCCGUCAGCUGGAGGAUACCGAGUUUCACGAGCCUUUACCCAACGUGAAUUACCGCCGCCCCGGCGGCGUCCUCCGGUCCGCGUGUUCCCCGCGACCUGACGGCGGGCCCGGCGAGGAAACGAGUUCCCGAAGUCGUUGUUCCGCUGCCUGGUGUCGGCACGAGCCCUCGCGCUCAUUUUCGACUCGGGAAGAAACUUCGGUGCCGGGGAUGAUUGUGCGCGUGAUACCACGAACUCCACGGCGAUACCUCGGUUCACCUUACGUGUGUGUUGCUCUCUUUUGCGUAUACUAGAUAGACGCUCUUCGGGGUUGACAGCCGCGGUAAUCCGACUCGGGUGGUCCGACGCGGUGUCCUGUAGCUCAAGGACGCACAGAGUCGCCAGCGAGUCCGAGUUUGUUCCGAUACGGUGCGCCCACCUGUGAAGCUGUGUCUUCGAUCCUUCGCACCUUAUCUUCCAUCUCGGCCCCCGGUUCUCGCGCGAGUGCCGCGUUAAGUGCGCUUGCCGGGACGACUGUACUCCGUUUUGAAAUUGAGCUAGCGACUCACUGUAGGAUACAGUUUUACUCUUAAAUUCUCGCGUAAUUCUCUCUACGCGUUUCGUUGCGCGCGAAGUUACAGUCCAAGCCCCUUUCUGUCCGCAAUUACGAUGAGAAACAAGAUUACGGCGUGUAAAUACGAAUAAAAUUUCUCUUAUUGUACUCGGAGAUCCUUUUGUGAUGACAAAUCGUACAAAACAAUGAUAAUUCAAAAGGAAUUAUCGAAAACCGUGAAAGAUGAAUAAUUUUGACAUAACAAUACAAAAUCUCACCACGUGGACAUGAUAUGCCGCGAUAAAUUUCGUAUGAUGAAUUCGUUUCACGUAAAAUGUAUUUCUAUUUUAAAAAUUACGUUCUCUUUUCGCUUUAAACUGUGCAAUAUAAAUUUUCUCGCGUAAACAAAAUUACCAAUCGCUCCGGACGUAACCGCGUGGACCGCAAUGAGACCAGAGGAUUAUGGAACUAUGGUACUAAGGUACGUCGUAAGAGACGCAAAUUGGUGAAAAAAGCGUCGUGCGAGCGGAAAGGGAGAUCCGUUUUGUUUGGACAGGAAACUCAGUUUCUCGCAGGAAAUUCGUUUCCCGAUGGGAGCCCUUCCGCUCGAUAUGCGACUCAUUGAUAUCUUUCGGUGUGCGUGGUCGGUGAGUCGUUUUCUUCGUACGUGCAUUCUACAUAUAUACAUAUAUAAACGUAUAUAUUCGUUACGUACAGACAAAUGUACACGGCGAGAGCUCGAUUUAUCGUUCUUCCAAUUAAUCGCGGUACCGUUCAUAUUUUCGAAUCCCAAAGUGAUUUGUAUCGCUUAUCGUUUUGCAUUUAUUGAUUGCGCAUGUUUUUGUUUGGCCGAAACAUCCCUUUCGAUUGCGUUCGAUCGAGCUUUCGCCGUAUGUACGAUACGUUAUUGCAUAACGUAGAGGCUGCCGCGAAAAUUCUGUUUGUCGUGACCAGCAUUCGCGGCGGGGCCGCGUAAUAAUGACGAAUCGUCCUCUUCGAUUAAAUCGCGUACCGUGCCACCGUGAGGCCUCCUUUUAUUUUACAAAUCAAAUUGAACAAAUAAAUAAAUAAAUAAAUAAAUCUAACCCGAACGACGUUUCUACAGACAAAUAAAUACAGAUUUGAGUAAAAGAGAACGAAAAAAAAAAUCGUGAAUUUGACCGGUACGCGGUGUACAACGACAAAAGUAUACUUUCAAACGUGCGAAGGCUGUAAAUUCCGCCGUAAAGUAAUCUUGUUAUCUUUUGUCGGUGGCGGAGAGUUUAAGUAAAUCUCGUUUCGAACGCCCUCCCGGUGUACGUUUCUUCGAAAUCGCGACGAGAUAAGACAAGCAGAUUUCUCGCGACAACUUGAUUACGCGAACCUGAGGUGGAUGAGCGACGUUCUUUCCGCGCUGUAGAAGCCUUACCUCAAUUCCCGUCGACUUGCCCGCAGUGCCGUUCGUCGUCAUUGCGAGCGAGUUCUUUCUCGCGAGUUCUCCGAGCGGUGGGUAUACACUGAAGCAUUCUCGCUCUGUUUGUUCGCUCAGUGUAUACCUAUCUUUAAAUAAAUGAUAAAUGCAAACGUUCGUUCAACCGAACGAAUGUCCGAUGUGAACACAAAGGUGGAACGAGGGGAGAAGACGGCGAGCGCGCGAGCAUUUGCUCUCCGUUCGUUCGCCCGUUCUCUUUUCGUUUCUCUUCUAGUAUGUACCCACUUUCAUACGUCCUCAAGAUUGAUGAAUAAUCCAGCCUCGGAUGGCGCGCGUCGAGCCAGCGAUGCGAGCGAUCGGAUCUUUCGAGGCGCAAAAAAAAAUUGCGUUUCUUCAAUUAUUUUAUCGAAAGCGGAACUAAUACUUUAUUCCACUUGUUAUAUGUUAUUCCAUCAACGGUGGGGACUUUUUCCAUCGAGCGGAGCUCAGCUCCUCGUUUCAUUAAAAUAUCGAAGAUAACGCAAAUAAAGCGAAAACCCAGAGGACGAGACGUUUAAAAGACGCUUAAAAGACAUCUUCUGAAUUCUUUUAUGUCCUUUAGAUCCUCUUCCUUCGGGCACUUAGCGCCACAGAUUUUCAAGUGUAAAAUAAUGGAGGCAAAGGAAGGAAGAGGGUGGCGAAGGAGUGUACUUCGGAAGGAAUCUCGCGUUUCCGCGGCUAUACCGAUUGUUUCGCUCCGCGAGAGCUCGAUCUCGCGGCCUUUCUGCGAUGAGGAAAUGCGAUGGGCGAUCACGGUCUUUAAAACCAUACAUCGAGUUUUAUGCGCGGCACGCACGAUACGUGGCGAUGCGGCCGCGGACUCGCGCUCAUCAACAUUAUUUAUCUGAAUACGUGGAAUCAAUGUAAAUACUAAACAUUCUAACUACGCAUUCAAUAAAACAUUAAUCGUGACUAUACGUAUGUAAUAAAUUCAUUCUCCAAAUCUUGGAAAGUAUCCCCAUUCAUUAUUUUAAUUAAUUCGAAGCUACUUCGACGUGUGCGAAUUUUUGUUAGCAGGCAUCGUGCGAUCUUUUAGAGUACAUAGUGUAAAAACGUUUGUGUAAGUAAUAAUAAGAUAUAUAUAAAAGUUUG